AACUAAACUUCUAUUGUACCGGCCAGCGCGCCGCGCCGCCCCGGACCAGCGAGAGACCGCGCCGGGAGGCGGCUGCUCCGCCGCUCCGUGGGGUUUAUCAAACCGUGGUGGGAGGAAGAGACCUACAUUCUCCCGGCGUUUUGUCUAUUUUUUUUUUUUUUUAAUUUUUCCCUCGUCCUUUCUGGCGGUUCUUUUUAUCAUCUAUCCAUUUUCCCUUCGUUGUUUCCGCACCGCCUGCAAUAAUCGCCUCGCUACGUCUCGCAGCUGGCGCGUUGGAGAAGCCGGCACCAGCCUCCGCGAUGCCGCUCAGCGCCGGCUUCUCCAGCAAGAACUACGACUACGAUUACGACUCUGUGCAGCCCUACUUCUACUUCGAGGAGGAGGAAGAGAACUUCUACCUGGCGGCGCAGCAGCGGGGCAGCGAGCUGCAGCCCCCCGCCCCGUCCGAGGACAUAUGGAAGAAGUUUGAGCUGCUGCCCACGCCGCCCCUCUCCCCCAGCCGCCGCUCCAGCCUGGCCGCCGCCUCCUGCUUCCCCUCCACCGCUGACCAGCUGGAGAUUGUGACCGAGCUCCUCGGGGGGGACAUGGUCAACCAGAGCUUCAUCUGCGACCCGGACGACGAGACCGUCAAGUCCAUCAUCAUCCAGGACUGCAUGUGGAGCGGCUUCUCCGCCGCCGCUAAGCUGGAGAAGGUGGUCUCGGAGAAGCUGGCGUCCUACCAGGCAGCCCGCCGAGAGGGGGGCCCCGCCGCCCGCCCCGGACCGCCGCCCGCCGCGCCGCCAGCACCGCCACCCGGGCUGGCCGCGUCCCCCGCCGCCUCCGCCAGCCUCUACCUGCACGACCUGGGCGCCGCCGCCGCCGACUGCAUCGACCCCUCGGUGGUGUUUCCCUACCCGCUGAGCGAGCGGGCCCCGCGGGCCGCGCCGCCCGGCGCCAGCCCCGCGUCCCUGCUGGGCGACGACACGCCGCCCACGACCAGCAGCGACUCGGAAGAAGAACAAGAGGAAGAUGAGGAAAUUGAUGUUGUUACAUUAGCUGAAGCAAAUGAAUAUGAAUCCAGCACAGAGUCCAGCAGCACAGAGACGUCAGAAGAGCACAGUAAGCCCCACCAAAGCCCGCUGGUUCUCAAACGGUGUCAUGUCAACAUCCAUCAGCACAAUUAUGCCGCUCCUCCCUCCACCAAGGUUGAAUACCCAGCUGCAAAAAGGCUAAGGUUGGACAGUGGCAGAGUUCUCAAACAGAUCAGCAACAACCGAAAAUGCUCCAGUCCGCGCACGUCAGAUUCGGAAGAGAACGACAAGAGGCGAACACACAACGUCUUGGAGCGCCAGAGGAGAAAUGAGCUGAAAUUGAGUUUCUUUGCCUUGCGUGACGAGAUACCCGAGGUGGCCAACAAUGAAAAGGCUCCCAAGGUUGUCAUCCUGAAAAAAGCGACAGAGUACGUUCUUUCCAUCCAGUCGGAGGAACACAGACUGAUUGCAGAGAAAGAGCAGUUGAGGCGGAGGAGAGAACAGUUGAAACACAAACUUGAGCAGCUAAGGAACUGUUGUGCAUAGGAACUCUUGAGCAUCACUUAGAAUAAUGCAAACUAGACAAACUAUGAUAAAAUAUUAAUGAUUCUAAUAUCUCUCAUGAACUACGCGGUCCAUCGAGUAUGGAACUAUUGCAACUGCAUGCCGUGCGAUUUAACUUGAGACUACACAACCUUGGCUGAAUCUCCCAGGGGUUUGGCCAGAACCUCAAAACUGCCUCAUAAUUGAUACUUUGGACAUAAGGGAUGAUGGGACAUUGUUCAUGCUUGGGGAUGAACUCUUCAAUUUUUUUUUUCUUUUAAAAUUUUGUAUUUAAGGCAUUUUUUCAUACGAAAAUCCAAAAGAAAAAAGUUGUCCCCAGUUUGCUGUAUAUAUUUACACAUCAUAUUGCCAUGUAAAUACCUUUAAUAAAGCCUUUAUAGAAAAAUGUGCAACAUUAAUACGCAACAGUUGUGGCAACUGGAUUUAUACUUGUCUUGAACUUCUGUGCCAUAACAUUUCACAAUUUUGUUUUUUAUUUAAGUACUUUUUUCCUUUUCAAAAUGAUUUUUAUUUUGUUUUUAGAUAAAUAAAUAUUUGCCCAAAAUAUAAUUAGCUAAA